UGUUAAACUUUUUCAUAUUUACAACUAAAUCUAAUUUGUCAAAAAUAAAAAAAUAUAAAAAACAAAAACCCUAAUUCAUUUCAUUUCCAUUGUAACCGACCUUCUCCCAAAACCAAACCCCUACUUCCUUCUCACUCUCACUCUCUCUCGAACCAACAACCAAGCAAAGCCACCAUAGCUUUGCACUUUCCAGCUCCGUAACCUCGCCGUCCUGCAGCGGCUCAGCCCCCUGUAGCACCGGCCAACAACCGCCUAUUGUUUGAGUUGAACAAAUAUACAUCGCUCAUCCAUGACGAUCGGGAGAAUUUUCAAAGAUGAAGCAAGCGAAGAGAAAGGAGAGCGGGCCAGGAUGGCAUCAUUUAUUGGUGCAAUGGCAAUUGCUGACUUGGUCAAGACAACCUUGGGGCCAAAGGGGAUGGACAAAAUUUUACAAUCAACUGGUAGAGGACAUGAAGUUACUGUUACCAAUGAUGGUGCUACCAUUUUAAAGUCUCUGCACAUUGACAAUGCUGCUGCUAAAGUCCUAGUUGACAUUUCAAAAGUACAAGAUGAUGAAGUUGGUGAUGGGACAACCUCUGUUGUUGUUUUGGCUGGGGAGCUUUUAAGGGAAGCAGAAAAGCUGGUUAAUGCAAAAAUUCACCCUAUGACCAUCAUAUCAGGUUUUCGGAUGGCAUCUGAAUGUGCUCGUAGUGCUUUGCUGAAGAAGGUUGUUGAUAACAAGGCUGAUUCUGAGAAAUUCAAAUCUGACUUAAUGAAGAUUGCAAUGACUACUUUGAGCUCUAAAAUUCUUUCACAGGAUAAGGAACAUUUUGGUAAACUUGCUGUGGAUGCUGUACUGCGUCUUAAGGGCAGCACCAACUUAGAGUCCAUUCAAAUCAUAAAGAAGCCUGGUGGAUCAUUGAAGGAUUCCUUUUUAGAUGAAGGAUUUAUUCUUGACAAGAAAAUAGGUAUCGGGCAGCCAAAACGCAUAGAAAAUGCAAAGAUUUUGGUUGCAAAUACUGCUAUGGACACAGAUAAAGUCAAGAUUUAUGGGGCACGUGUACGUGUUGAUUCAAUGUCUAGGGUUGCUGAAAUUGAAGGAGCUGAGAAAGAUAAGAUGAGAGAAAAGGUUCAAAAGAUUAUAGCUCAUGGCAUAAACUGUUUCGUCAACCGACAGUUGAUAUACAAUUUCCCAGAGGAGCUCUUUGCAGAUGCUGGAAUACUUGCAAUUGAGCAUGCUGAUUUUGAUGGCAUUGAACGGCUAGCGUUAGUGACUGGUGGUGAAAUUGCAUCAACCUUUGACAAUCCAGAAUCAGUUAAGCUUGGACACUGCAAGCUCAUUGAGGAAAUCAUGAUUGGUGAAGACAAAUUGAUCCAUUUCUCUGGUGUUGAUCUGGGUCAGGCAUGUACAAUAGUGUUGAGAGGUGCAAGCCAUCACGUGCUCGAUGAGGCCGAAAGGUCUCUGCAUGAUGCCUUGUGUGUGCUAUCCCAGACUGUCAUUGACAGCAGAGUUUUGCUAGGAGGUGGAUGGCCUGAGAUGAUCAUGGCAAAGGAAGUAGAUGAGCUUGCCAAGAAGACUCCCGGAAAGAAGUCUCACGCAAUUGAAGCUUUCUCACGGGCACUCUUGACCAUCCCAACUAUCAUUGCUGACAAUGCUGGUUUGGAUAGUGCCGAGUUGGUUGCUCAACUUCGUGCAGAGCACCACAAAGAAGGAUGCAAUGCUGGAAUCGACGUCAUCACUGGAACUGUUGGGAACAUGGCUGAACUAGGAAUUUCAGAAGCAUUCAAAGUUAAGCAGGCGGUAUUGCUUUCUGCGACAGAGGCUGCAGAGAUGAUUCUUAGAGUCGAUGAAAUCAUAACGUGUGCACCGCGGAGAAGAGAAGACAGAAUGUAGAGUGUCAAUUAUUUGCUGGGAAAGAACUUUUGUUUUUUAAUGUUCUGUCUUUCUCUUGGCAUGUGCUUUUAGGACUUGGUGUGUUAUAUCAAAACUCUAGAUCAGGAAGAAAGUUUUGUUGGCUUGUUUUGUUUCCCCUUUUCAGACGGUUUAUAUUAAUGCAUGGUUUUGUCUA